CAAUAUUCCCAAACCACAUCCGUUUCCUUAAAAAAACCACAGCCAGUCUGCACUUUUUUUUUCUUUCACUAAACACAAAUACAAAAAAUUUCUUCUUCUGCUCUCUUGAGAUGGCUGCAUCAUCAGCAUGUAUUGUAGGAAAUAAUGGUUUAUCAACCGGUACAAAACAAAAUUUGAGCAAAGCUGUCUAUGGAAGAAGUCUUUUUCUUUCUCAUAGGUUUCCGUCUUCUGGUAAGACGUCAAAAGCUUUUUUAAUUAAAGCGUCCUUGGAUCGGAAUGAAGGAAGAAGAGGUUUCCUAAAGCAGUUGAUUGGCAAUGUGGGAAUUGUUGCUCCCGCUUUAUUGGGAAGUGGGAAGGCGCUUGCUGACGACCAGGGGGUUUCUUCCUCCAGGAUGUCUUAUUCAAGGUUUUUGGAGUACUUGGACAAGGACCGGGUUAACAAGGUUGAUUUGUUUGAGAAUGGAACUAUUGCUAUUGUAGAAGCUGUUUCUCCUGAAUUAGGAAAUAGAGUGCAGCGAGUCCGUGUCCAACUUCCAGGACUCAGUCAAGAGCUUCUUCAGAAGUUUAGAGAGAAAAACAUUGAUUUUGCCGCUCAUAAUGCUCAAGAGGAUUCGGGUUCCCUACUAUUUAACUUGAUUGGAAAUCUAGCUUUCCCUUUGAUCUUAAUAGGGGGUCUGUUCCUUCUCUCUCGACGAUCAUCUGGAGGAAUGGGUGGUCCUGGUGGGCCUGGUUUCCCUUUGACAUUUGGUCAGUCUAAGGCAAAGUUCCAAAUGGAACCAAAUACUGGUGUUACAUUUGAUGAUGUUGCUGGAGUUGAUGAAGCAAAGCAGGAUUUCAUGGAGGUGGUUGAGUUUCUGAAGAAGCCAGAGAGGUUCACUGCAGUUGGAGCUCGCAUUCCCAAAGGUGUUCUUCUAGUUGGCCCUCCAGGAACUGGGAAGACACUUCUAGCCAAGGCAAUUGCUGGUGAGGCUGGAGUCCCAUUUUUCUCCAUAUCAGGCUCUGAGUUUGUUGAGAUGUUUGUUGGUGUUGGUGCCUCUAGAGUCCGUGAUCUCUUCAAGAAGGCCAAAGAAAAUGCACCUUGCAUUGUAUUUGUGGAUGAAAUUGAUGCCGUUGGAAGGCAAAGAGGCACCGGCAUUGGUGGGGGAAAUGAUGAAAGAGAACAGACCCUAAAUCAGCUUUUAACAGAAAUGGAUGGUUUUGAGGGUAACACUGGUGUCAUCGUUAUUGCAGCUACUAACAGGGCAGAUAUUUUGGACUCCGCCUUGUUGAGGCCAGGGCGGUUUGACAGACAGGUGAGUGUCGAUGUUCCAGAUAUACGAGGAAGAACAGAAAUACUAAAGGUUCAUUCUGGCAAUAAGAAAUUUGUUGCAGAUGUCUCUCUUGAAGUGAUAGCCAUGAGAACACCUGGUUUUAGUGGAGCUGACCUUGCAAACCUCUUAAAUGAGGCUGCUAUAUUGGCUGGUCGUCGUGGGAAGACUGCUAUUUCAAGUAAAGAGAUUGAUGAUUCAAUAGAUAGGAUUGUAGCUGGAAUGGAAGGAACCGUUAUGACUGACGGAAAGAGCAAAAGUCUUGUUGCUUAUCAUGAAGUUGGCCAUGCUAUUUGUGGAACUUUGACUCCAGGGCAUGAUCCAGUUCAGAAAGUCACCCUAAUUCCACGUGGUCAGGCACGAGGUCUAACCUGGUUUAUUCCUUCGGAUGACCCAACCUUAAUCUCCAAGCAGCAACUUUUUGCAAGAAUAGUUGGUGGUCUUGGUGGCAGAGCUGCCGAGGAAAUUAUCUUUGGUGCACCUGAGGUGACUACAGGAGCAGCUAGUGAUUUAAUGCAGAUUACUGGUUUGGCUAAGCAGAUGGUAACCACAUUUGGAAUGUCUGAAAUUGGACCAUGGUCACUUAUGGACUCAUCAGCUCAAAGCGAUGUUAUAAUGAGAAUGAUGGCAAGAAAUUCCAUGUCAGAAAAGCUCGCAGAAGACAUCGACAGAGCUAUCAAGAGUAUAUCAGACAAUGCAUAUGAGAUUGCACUGAGCCAGAUUAGGAGCAACCGUGAGGCAAUUGACAAGAUUGUAGAAAUCUUGCUUGAGAAGGAAACAAUGUCCGGGGAUGAGUUCAGAGCGAUUCUAUCAGAAUUUGUUGAAAUUCCUGUCGAAAAUCGGGUGGCUCCUUCAGUACCUACUCCAGUUACUGUGUAAUUACUAUACGUCAUUUCAUGAUUCAGUAACAUAUCAUAUACAUAUCAAGUUAGUUAAAUGUAUAAUUGGUGAUGUUCAUUUUGUGUAA